AUGCAACAUGGAACGAACAAAAUAGCUUUGGCAAAUUCAUCGUCAAAUCCGAUAAUAAAUUCGAGCGUAAGUGUAGACGCAAAUGAAAACUCCGGACAGAAACAGUUUAGAACGGAACCGAAGGUUAGAGCUUGCUUCAAUUGCGGUGAGGCGGGACAUUUUUCGCGCGAAUGUUCAAAGCCACAACGUAGACAACGGUGUAACAAUUGCGGAAGAGUUCACCCAAAAGGUCAGAGUACGCACUGUGGGGAGUCAAGUGUGCGUCGAAUUGAACGCACCAAAGAAUCGAUCAGAGAAGUAUACAUAAAUGGUAGACAAUGUACAGCACUACUUGAUACAGGUAGCCAGUGCAGUCUUAUACGGAAAACAGUAUCGAGAAAUAUUAAUGGUCUGUCACAUCGUAGUUAUGAUAACGAUCAACAGCGUAACUCGGGUCGUCAAGAACAUUACAACUACGAUGGGCAGCAACAGCAAAAUGAUGAGACACGUCAACGUAAACACCGUCGACGACGUCAACGUCAAAACGGUCAGCAACGUCAACGUAAAAACGGUCAGCAAUCACAUAACGAUAACGGUCAGCAACAGCACGAUAACGAUAAUCAGCAACAAAUAAAGUCACAAUGUGGUCUGCAGCAAUGUGGCGAUGGUCUGUCACAUCGUAGUUAUGAUAACGAUCAACAGCGUAACUCGGGUCGUCAAGAACAUCACAACUACGAUGGGCAACAACAGCCAAAUGAUGAGACACGUCAACGUAAACACCGUCGACGACGUCAACGUCAAAACGGUCAGCAACGUCAACGUAAAAACGGUCAGCAACGUCAACGUCAAAACGAUCAGCAACGUCAACGUCAAAACGAUCAGCAACGUCAACGUAAAAACGGUCAGCAACGUCAACGUAAAAACGGUCAGCAAUCACAUAACGAUAACGGUCGGCAACAGCAUGAAAGCGAUGGUUAUAAAAUACAUAACGGUCGGCUGUAUCGUAUGGUUGAUGAUAAGCUUUUAUGGGUCAUGGGCACUACACCCUACCCCUUUAGAAAAGUGUAA